GGAGGGCGGGAACAGCCGAGGCCUCCUCCUCCUCCUCCUGCGGGGCCUGGUCCUUCGUUCCUUGGCGGAGGGGAAUGGCGCGGUGGCUGCGCGAGAGGCUGCUCUUCCGAGGCGGCGGCGGCGGCGGCGGCCCUCAGGGCAAGCCUUCCCCUCCGGAGCCGGACUACGCGGAGGCGGAGGAGGGCCGGCCGGAGGAGGAAGGGCCGGAGGAGCAGCCGGACCUAGUGGCCGCCUACCGGCUCCAGAGGGAGCGGGACUUCGAGGACCCUUACGGCCCAGCGGCGGGGGCCCCCGAGGGAGGCCUGCUGCUCCUCCGACAUCGCCACCGACACCGCCGCCGGCUUCUCCUGCUGCUGCGAGCCGAGGCCCAGGCCUCCAGGCCCGGCGGCGAGAAGAAGGAGCGGAGGAAGAAGGAGGCCUCCUCCUCCUCCUCCUCGUCGAUGUUGAUCCUGGAGGACUAUGCUGAUCCCUUUGAUACCAGGCAAGAGGCUAGCACUAGUCCAGCGGCGGAGCAGGAUCGGCUGAAAAGUGAAGGCUACAUGGAACCUUAUGAAGCUCAGAGGUUGUUGGCUGAGAUUCAGAAGAAAGGUUCCAAGGAUGGGCUAGCUGCUCCAAAACCUCUGCACUUGUAUGACAUUCCUUAUGAACCAUCUGAAAAUGGCAGAGAGCUGCCACCCUUGUCUGGAGUCCAGUGCCGCUACUCAUGGCUUCCUGAAGAUGAUGAGCGGCCACCAGAGGAAUAUGACCAGCCCUGGGAAUGGAAAAAAGAGCGGAUCUCCAGAGUCUUUGCAGUUGAGAUUGAAGGGAUCAAGGAGUUACCAUGGCCGCCUCCUGUUGGACAGCUGGAUAGCUCUGCAAAGCACUCAGAAGUUGAGGGAUCGCACAUCCCUCCUCCAAACCUCCAGAACACCAGUACCAGCCUCCCCGAUGCUUCAGGCAUAUCUGAUUCCCUGGAUGCUAGUGGCAAGGGAGCACAGAUGAACCAGCUGCCAUCUUGCAUGGAGAAGAGUAGCAGCCCAUGUUGGUCAAGCAUGGAACAUGGGCUGGCUUUCGGUGAACGCGUCAAUCCCACUUUACCACUGGAGAGCCAGGCGUGGUAUCAUGGGACUUUGAGUCGAGUAGAUGCUGAAAGGUUGCUGCGACUUUGCAGAGAAGCCAGUUAUCUUGUACGGAACAGCGAGAGCAGUCAUGAUGCUUUCUCUCUCUCCCUCAAGAGUAACCAAGGCUUUCUCCACAUGAAGCUCUUGCAGACAGAAGAUAACAAAUUCAUCUUGGGCCAGCACAGCCCACCAUUCGACAACGUCCCCGAGAUCAUCCACCACUAUACCAGCCACAAGUUGCCCAUCCAGGGGGCAGAGCACAUAUCCUUGCUUUACCCAGUCACCACACAACCCUCCAAUUGUCUUGCAGCUGAGCAGUGAUUUCUGGAGGUGAACUGUAAAGAGGUGGCUAGCUGGUCUGGGAAGCACAUGUGAGCACACCAGGCAAGAGUGGAACCUCUGGAUACAGGUGGUUGCAUGAGCUGGGAGAAGAGGGAUCCAAGGGAUAAGAUUGAAAGUCAUAGAAGAUUGAAAUGAGAUAAAAUCUGGGAAUCCAGAUACAAGAACCAUUCUAUCAUGUGCUCUGUAUUAAUAGAACUGUGUCUGUAUUGAUACUUUGCAUGCUGGACUCCAGGGCAUCCUGUUUGGAUGGCCAGUUAACCCCAUGCAUUUGGGGCAGGAAGGAAGACUAGGAAUCACAAAUUAAUGUGGCACCUUGGGUGUGUCACAGAAUUCAGUCCCCGGCAUCAGAAUGAUCCUCCCUGAGUUUGGUUCUGUUCAACAUAUACUUAUUGACUGUGGCAUCAACAUGCUGAAUGCUCAUAUCGUCCAUUAGGAUAGGCAUUUAUCAGUUUAAAUCAGGCUUUUCCAAUUGGACACUCUUCUGUUGUGUCAGACAACAGCUCCCAUCAUCCCAGCCUUCCUACCUACCGUUCAACACAAUGGGAGCGGUGAUACAUUUGACUGAGAGUCACCAAGACAAAAAUCAAGAGAGGAGAAACAGCAAAGUUACAAACCAGUUGCAAAAAUUCUGCUUGGUUUCAGAAAUAUGUUUUCUUUUCCAACUGCGUAUUUCAAGUUCUGUUCAUUUGUUUCUCUCACUUGACCGCCAUCUGAUGCAACAUAUACUCAGCCAAGAGGUCCUCACAGUCUCUUGUAAGUUGACUUUAUUGGCUGUGGAAAUUUUCAAUUUUCAAUUCCUUCUUGUGAGUGUGUGGAUUUAACAGACUGCUGUAUGGUACACUUGAUGCCUGAAAUUGGUUAUGACAUCUCUUGUGACUUUACUACUCGUAUCUGAUCCAUGCAGUUCUCCUCUAGAGUGUGAGAGCGGAUGACAGAGCAGCCAGUUGCCUUGAUAUAUGGGCACUGGCCUGUUUUCUCACAGCUGAGGCAGGCACUUCUGAAAGACCUAUGGAUGAGCCCAUCAGCCACUGUCCAGGCAGCAGUUCAGUGAACCAAGAACACUUAAGAAACACUGAUAAUAAAGAUGGAAAGACAAUUGCUCAGUGGUAGAAGGACAGUACCUGCUAGGCAUGUGGAAGAUUCCAAGUUCAAUUCCUGGCAUCUUGGUCUAGAGGAGUGAGAGCAGAUAUGGAGAAGACUUCUAUAGGACAACCAUUGCCCUCUAAAGUGGGUAACACUAGAUUAGAUGACUUUGCAAAGGCAGCUUUCUGAUUUUCCUGUGAUGAGAGCAUUUUGCAUGUAUCGAGUUCCCUGUUAUUGACUCUUUAUCCAGGAUGCAUUGUGAAGCCCUCAUUUCAUACCAGUCCGGGGGGAGGGGUCUUUUGUUUCUGCUUCCUGUAAAGAAAUUAAAACAUAUUAAACAGAG